AAGUAGGUAAAACGUCCCUAAUUUUCAAAGCUUUUGCCCAAAUAAAAUAUCACAUGAUUAUUGCUAAUUUGCUAGAAUCAUAGUUCAAAGCUGAUACACCUACCAAAAAUGAGCAGCAGCGGCGGCGGAGGAUUAAGCAAUUUAGGCAUUUCUCUAGUCAUAAUAUUCGCAAUCGCGCUUCUCGCAAUCUUCGCGCAGGUUUUCUACAUCAUUUGGCGCCGCCUAGCCUUCCGCCGUCGAACCAGUGCCGCUAGCAGCUCGCGCUACUCUUCGUCGGAAUCCACACCGUCAAAGGAGCUCCUCUAUUUCUUCUGCGUAAGACCUCAGCUGGACCUCGAUCGCACCUCGCCGGCUGCGAUCGACGGAAGGAAUUCGAAUCGUGAAUCCGAUGUGGAGGUAAUUGACAUCGAUUUGCUCAAAAUUGAAGGGGUGUUUGGACCGCCGAGAUUUCUGUUCACCAUCAAAGAGGAGGAGAAAGAGGGCACGGAGUCGCCGGCGAAGACGGCGGUGGAAAUUGUUGGUGAUGAGAAGAGAGGCGGCGUGAGUUUGGAGGAGUGUUUUCGAUCCGAGGAAGAGACGGUGGAGGUGAAGAUUGACGAUUGCAGUAGAGAUGAUGAUGCGACGCCGUUUUCGACGCCUUGCGCUUCGCCACUGUAUUUCACUCCGACGGCUUCUCCAGUGCAUGCGGUGGUCAAUGCCCGGUCAACGGGGGUUGCCGUUUAAAUUUAUUUUUUUGUCCUUUUCAUUUGUACCUUAUAAUAUAAUCUUGACACUUAGCUCUUCCGAAAUUCAAGUGUUUAUUUUGUUUGAA